GUUGUUGUUGUUGGAGCCUCUGCGAGUUUCACGUGAAAUUAUAUUUUGCUUUCUUCGCUCAGACGUCUCCAUUACCCCCAACAUGGUGCGGAGUGGCAAAGGCUCCCCGCUUCCUCCAGCCUCCUUGCAGCUGCUGGUUCCUCCUGUGAGGCUCAUGUCUGCCUUCGUGUGGAAAGCGGUGCAGCAGGACAGCGCCGUCCAGUACGAGAAGCUGCUGGACUUCAUCGACCUGGUCACCGAGAUCGUGCCGGAGCUUCUCAGUCCCAGUCAGAAGGGUCAGCUCGUCCUGGGCCUCAGAGCGAGGUUUGUCCUGGAGUUGUGCCGGGGCAACGGUGUAGCUAACAUCAAGGCGAUCCAAGGCCACCUGGAUAAAAUCCACACCUGCUGCCUGGAACUGAGCAACAAUGAACACAUGGAAAGCUCUGAUAUUCUGAAGACUUCCUAUAGUAACUUUGCAAGCUUGGUGCAGAACAUUUUGAAUGUUCCCUUAGAAAAGGAACUGUUCUUCCAAGAGGUUUUUCCUGAUCAUUAUGGAUUGGCCUUCAACCAGCGGAUCCAACAGCUUGUAUCUUUGCUUCUGUCAAGACUGGAGCAGCUGUUGCCUAUACCAGACCUGCAGCAGGUAUGCUCAAAGUCUCUACAGAAGAGGAGUAGUCAUGUAUCUGCAUUUGCCAGUGCCUAUAUGCAGUUUUUCAGUAUGAAAACCUUGGAUAAAAAUACACAAUUUAUAUUGCAGUAUCAAGAAAAAAACGUCUCCUCAAAUAGCCAGCCUGCAGUACGCUGCUUACUGCUUAUGGUUUGCAAAAUGCUGCUUUGUUGUGAUGAUGUUCUUUUAGCUUCCACACCACAACUCUGUGAUUUUCACAAUUGGAUUACUUCCCAACAAAACUGUCUUUCUUAGAGUUAAUGGAAAACUAUAAUAGUCUUAGCUUUAGCUAGCUGACAUAUACUGUAUGCACAAGAACAAGGUGGGAGCAUAGGCUUAGGCCUUUGCUGGCAUCUAAUUGAAAAAAAAUCUAGGAAAAACAAUGACAGAAAAUUU